CAGCUUCAUGAUGUAAACCGAAGCGGUCCUUCCCCUGUCCUCCUCGUCGUCGUCUGAGGGAAAGAGAUAGGGAGUGGGUGCUCACCGCGACUCCGCCAUUCCCUCCUUCCGCUCCCGCCUCCAACCCUGAUUCCCUUCCGGCCCCGCCUUCAUCAUGUCGUAAGCCUUCCUUCUGCAACCGUCGGUGAAUAUGGCUGCCGUGAUUCCCAAUAUCCUUCCCUGCUCGAAUGUUCGAAUCUCUAGGAGCGAUUACUCAUCCCGCUCUUUAGUCUCGCCCACUGGGGGUCUCUCCUACUGUAGGUUUUCAAGACUGCGGUCGGUGCGGUUUGGCAUUGUAUGUAAUGCUUCAUCUGCUGCUGGGAGCUCAUGGGCAAACAGUGAUGAAAACCCUUAUGAGGUUCUUGGUGUUAGUCCUAUUGAAGGCUUCGACAUGAUUAAGGCAUCUUACACACGAAAACUCAAGGAUGCACAGAGAAGAGGUGAUGAAGCAUUGGCAAGUCGGUUGGAGAGAGCAUAUGAUACAAUCAUGAUGGCUCAGCUGAAAAACCGUAAAAAAGGCGUUACAUUUGGUUCAUUUCAGGUCUCGAAGGAUAUCAAGUACGCUGAUAAGCAGCCAAUUGUUCCAUGGUUUCCAAGGUUCACGAAAUCUAGUGUGCAGGACAUGCGCAUCAAUCUGGCUAUUUCUGCUGCCUUUACUAUAUGGGUGGCUAUCAAACGGAAUGCUGAAUGGAAGCCUUUGCAGUUUUUAGCUUUUGUUUUUGUAUACCGAAUAUUUGAAAAGUUGAAAGCAUUUGAGCCACCUGUAUCUCCAACAUACACUGAGGAUGGUGAAGAUGAAGGCCGGGCAUUACGUAUGGGGAAGCGACUCCUGCGUUCUCUGGCCUUGGUAUUUGGUUGUGUAGCCAUUACAUCUUUGGCGUACACUGGUGUCUUGAAUCUGAUCGAAUUCAUUGGCCAAUUCAUACCAUCAUUCCUCUACAAUAACCAGGAGUUGUUGGUCACCUCAGCCACGGCGAUCUCGUUGUAUAUCAUGGCUUCGUAUUAUAGAUGAGUUCAUUGAACGGGCAUUAGUAGUGAGAGUUCCCUUUGUAUGAUAUUGGGGCAUAUUAGUUUGUUAGUACCAUUCUGUGCCUCAGAAACUGUGCGUAUGUGGGUUUCUGAUAUCCUAUCGUUGGUUGUGGCAUGAAUUAGUCAAGGGCCUCCAGACCAUCAGAUUUAUUUGCA